AUGGUUGUAGUGGAAAGAGUUGAGAGUUUAGCAAAGAGCGGGAUCAAAUCAAUCCCCAAAGAAUACAUUCGUCCCAAAGAAGAGCUCGAGAGCAUCAACGACGUUUUCCUCGAAGAGAAGAAAGAAGACGGUCCUCAAGUCCCCACCAUCGACCUUCAAGACAUCGAGUCAGAGGAUCAAGCCAUCCGUGAGAAAUGCAUAGAGGAGCUGAAGAAGGUAGCUUCGGAUUGGGGAGUGAUGCAUUUGAUCAACCACGGCAUACCUGUUGACCUCAUGGAGCGUGUGAAGAAAUCCGGAGAAGAGUUUUUCCGUUUGCCCGUGGAAGAGAAGGAGAAGUACGCAAACGACCAAGCCACCGGAAAGAUUCAAGGGUAUGGAAGUAAAUUGGCUAACAACGCCAGUGGACAGUUGGAGUGGGAAGAUUACUUCUUUCAUCUUGUUUAUCCUGAAGACAAGAGAGAUCUCUCACUUUGGCCCAAGACACCUAGCGACUACAUAGAGGCGACGAGUGAGUACGCAAAGUGUCUACGUUUGCUUGCAACAAAAGUCUUCAAGGCUCUCUCUAUCGGUCUAGGGUUAGAGCCUGACCGUCUAGAGAAAGAAGUUGGUGGUUUGGAAGAGCUUCUCUUACAGAUGAAGAUAAAUUACUACCCAAUAUGUCCCCAGCCAGAGCUAGCACUUGGCGUGGAAGCUCAUACCGAUGUAAGCGCAUUAACCUUCAUCUUACACAACAUGGUUCCAGGUUUGCAGCUGUUCUACGAGGGCAAAUGGGUCAUUGCAAAAUGUGUUCCUGACUCGAUUGUGAUGCACAUUGGAGACACGUUGGAGAUUCUUAGUAAUGGGAAGUAUAAGAGUAUACUUCACCGUGGAUUGGUGAAUAAGGAGAAGGUUAGGGUUUCUUGGGCUGUGUUUUGUGAGCCACCCAAGGAUAAGAUUGUGCUUAAGCCGUUGCCGGAGAUGGUGAGUGUUGAGUCUCCGGCUAAGUUUCCUCCAAGGACAUUUGCUCAGCAUAUUGAGCAUAAGCUAUUCAGGAACGAACAAGAGGAGUUGGUAUCCGAGAAAAAAGAGGAAUUGGUAUCCGAGAAAAAAGAUUGA